AUCAGUUGGGGCUUUUUAUUGUUUCGCAUUCAUCCUUAGAUGCUAAGAAGACUUGCGUCCAGUCCUCUAGAACUACAGUGUGUCAUUAGGUAAGCAUUUCGACAAAAUGUUUGGAAGUCCACUGAGAUCGGCACACGCCGAACAUCCCGAACGCCUAGUUCAAUAGUUAUGCCAUUACGGCUACGACGGCGCCAACGCGCCAGUUUCUCCGGGACUUCAUGAGGAGUGGGGUAGUGCGGUCUCGUGCGGAGCAGGUAUUGUGGGGCGACACAAGCUACCCAUCGCCCAGCUAGAUAUAUACAAACGAUGUGGCACUGGCAUUCCAGGUGUAAGUUUUUUACGCACUAUGGCAGACACCACGGAGACUCUUUCUCCGACCCGUAUUCCCUCCUUUAAAGAGCUUCCUCUGCGGCCAUCGGAUCCUCCACAUUCAGCAUGGGGUCUCUGGGGAGAAACCGACCAGCUUGGGUGCUUGAACCAUCUCACUCCAACGCGUGUGAAGGCUGCGGCGGCGGAAAUCAAGAGUGGCGUUUCUGUGGGCUUGAGUUGGGAAAUGCACCAGAUGGUUGUUCCUCCGGCCUAUCGAACCAAGCUGGAACAUGAGAUUUUCAGCAUCGGCGAGAACAUCAACGAUGACAAAGUUACUUUCAACACGCAAACCAGCUCCCAGUGGGAUGGCUUCCGGCAUUGGUCAUACCCGGAUGGGAGAUUCUACAACGGGGUAACGCAAAAGGACGUGCGGAAUUCAAGCUCGACUCGCAAUGGCAUCCAUGAAUGGACUAAGAAAGGCAUCGUUGGCCGCGGCGUGCUGAUCGACUAUUACUCGUACGCUCUUGAGAAAGGUCUAGACUACGAUCCUUGGAGUUUUACAAAAAUUUCCGUUGCCACCGUGGAGGAGAUUGCAAGAAUUCAGGGGGUGUCCCUCUUAGCAGGCGAUAUCCUCUUUUUAAGAACCGGGUUUCUUUCGCGAUAUGAAAACAUGCCCGAAGAUGACCUCGUCAAAUUGAUGGGUGCGCCAGAAUUUCAUUAUCCAGGGCUUGAGAGCUCUGUCGAAUCGCUCGAAUGGCUAUGGAAUAGUCAUUUUGCGGCUGUUGCAGGCGACAACCCUGGGUUUGAAGCCUGGAGUGCUGGAUUGGGUGACUCAAAGGAACAGUAUCGAAUGCAUGAGGUUAUCCUAUCCGGGUUUGGCUUACCUAUCGGUGAACUCUUCGACCUUGAGCAGCUCGCUAAGCAAUGCAAGAAAGAGGGCAGAUGGUCUUUUCUGGUAACUAGUCAGCCUCUCAAUGUUGUCGGAGGCGUAGGGAGUCCGCCGAAUGCAAUUGCUAUCUUCUAGUUUCGGCUUGACGUUAUAGAUAUUUGAAGACUACCUCCGUGUUCAACUUAUCCAGAAG